AUUCAUGGAACAGGGUCAUCAGCAACCAUCUUCCAGAAUCAGCUCUCCCCGAUAACAGAGCGGCUACAGUCUUCAAACCAUCAAUUCCAUUUUAUCAACGGGCCUUACCCAUCCAAGCCAGCGGCUGGUCUAGAUAUACGUUAUCCAGAUGGUCCAUAUUAUACGUGGUGGACGCAAUCCGGUGCGACCAAUAUCCGCGCUGCUUGUGAGGAUCUCCAUCACUAUUUCCUCCAGCAUACGAAAGACCCAUACGACGGGGUAGUGUGUUUCUCGCGCGGUUGUCUUCUAAUUUCAAGCUACAUUUGGUUCCACCAAACAAGAACCCCCGAUAUUCCCUUGCCCUUCAAAGCUGUCGUGUUUAUUUGCGGCGGGCCGGCUUUAUCAGUCCUCGAGGAGCUAGGAGCAUCCAUCUCUGCCACUGCCCACGAAUGGGACCGACGGACCAAGAUAGCGCUGCGUGAACGAGCUUCUAAAGACGCAAUACUCAAAUUGGGGAAGGCCCGAUGGCUGACCCCCGGGGCAAACGGUGACAGUGACCUCGGGCUGGAUCCGUCAGCUCAAGUGGAGGAUUGUAAUGUGUUUGGAUUAGAUAUCACGCAGAUCCAACAGACAUUGCGCAUCAACAUUCCGACAGUGCAUGUCUACGGCCGGGUUGAUCCUCGGUUGCCCGCGUCUAUGCAACUUAUCCAUCUGUGCGAUCCCGAGAAAAGGGUUGUGUAUCGACAUGACGGUGGGCAUAACAUCCCUCAAAAUGCAGAAUCCGCGGGCAAGAUUGCGCAGUGUAUAGAGCAGUGUUCCAGAUUAACCACAAGGGGUUGA